AUGAUGGAAAUGGAAGAAGAACAAGAAGAAAAAGGAAAUGAACGAAAUCGUGGUGGCAGAAAACAAGUUAAAAUAGGUACAACACGUCGAAAUGCUCGUGAAAGAAAUCGUGUUCGUCAUAUAAAUGCUUGUUUUGAAAUUCUUCGUCAACAUAUUCCACAUGAUAAACAUAAUAAAAAACUUUCCAAAGUUGAUACACUUAAAUCAGCUAUGAUAUAUAUUGACAAUCUUCGUCAACUUCUUCAAACAACAAUGCCAACAACAACUACAACAACAACAACAACAUCAAUUAUUUAUUCCACUGAUCAACAAUCAAAUAUUGUUAUUCCAAUAAAUGUAAAAGAUGAAGAUCUUUAUUAUUGGCAUGAUCAACAAUAUUUAUCAGAAUAA